GUCGAAGAAUAUUCAUUUGAUUGCAUAAUUCGUCUUACCCAUUUAGGGUGUGGGUGGGUGUGUGCGUGUGGGUGGAUGUGGGUGUAGGUGUGGGUGGGUGUGUGCGUGUGGGUGGAUGUGGGUGUAGGUGUGUGUGGAUCAGAAAUAUACCCGCACUCACGACCCACACUCACACACACACCCACACCCGUACCCGCACCCCACACCCACGAUAGCAGCAAUGAUAGUGCGAAAAAAACUAAGAUGAUGCUUGAUGAUCAAAUGAAAAUCCGACAUCAAAUAAUUGAAGAAUUUCGGAAGCGUAAUCUCGAGAUUUCCAUUCAAAUAAUCGGUAAGAGUUUUGAUGGUCAUUGUACCGAUUAUAAGUAUUUCCCUCUUUGCUUUUUAAUUUUUAGAUGUAAUUGAUCUAUUAGAACCCAGUAAGACAAAUCGAAAUGAUGCAGAACAGCGGAAAGAAUUAUAUACUCGUUUAUCUCAACAUCUUGAUCGUCGUCAAAUUCGAAAUCGUGGUCAAACAUACAUCUUUCCCGACCUCAUCAAUCAAACGAUUCGUUGUCGAUUUCCAAAUGAUAUUCGAGCAUAUCAGAUAGUCAAAACUUUCAAAGAUGGGAAAUUCAACAAUGUGACAGAAGAAAAUAAAUAUCAUGCUCAAUGGCAGGACUUUUGCAAGAAAAUACAUUGA